UCAAAGGUCUUACUGAUAAUGAACUGAACAUUUUUUUGUGUGUACUGCCUCAAGAUAAAUCAAACUACUGAAAGUUUCUUUAUUUGUUUUCUUCAUUGACUAUUUCGAUGGGAGAUUCAAGUAGAGGAGGAUCUUUGAGGGUAGAGUUGUUACAUGGUAACUUAGACAUUUGGGUUAAGGAAGCUAAACAUCUUCCUAACAUGGAUCGGUUAAGAAAGUACCGGAAGAACAGUACAAGUGAUCCUUUUGUGUCUGUCUCUAUUUCAGGUGCUAAGAUCGCCAAAACUUUUGUGAUCAGCAACGAUGAGAAUCCUCUGUGGAUGCAGCAUUUCGAUGUACCGGUGACUCAUAGUGCUGCGGUAGUUAAGUUUAAGGUGAAAGACAGUGACUAUAUCGGAGCAAAGAUCAUUGGGGCUGUUGAAAUCCCAACCAAAGUGUUGUGUUCGGGUGAUAAAAUCGAAGGUUUUUUUCCAAUACUUGACAGUAGUGGGAAGCCUUGUAAAAAGGGUGCUGAGUUGAGUUUGUCUAUUCAAUACACUCCAAUGGAAAAGAUGAGGCUUUACCAAACCGGUGUUGGUUUUGGUAAUGAGUGUGUAGGAGUUCCCGGUACGUAUUUCCCUUUAAGGAAAGGCGGUACGGUUACUCUGUACCAGGAUGCUCAUGUUGAUGAUGGUACUCUCCCGAGUGUAGAUCUUGAUGGUGGGAUGAAGUACAUACAUGGAAAGUGUUGGGAAGAUAUGGCUGAUGCGAUAAGACAGGCACAGAAGUUGAUUUAUAUCACUGGUUGGUCGGUUAACCAUCCGGUUAGGCUGGUUCGUCGUAACAAUGAUCCAACCGAUGGUACGUUAGGGGAUUUGCUAAAAGUCAAAUCUCAAGAAGGUGUUAGAGUGUUGGUUUUGGUAUGGGAUGAUCCAACUUCAAGGAGCAUUUCAGGCUUAAAAGUUAGUCAUGGACUGAUGAAAACAAACGAUGAGGAGACUCGCCAUUUCUUCAAGCACUCGUCGGUGCAAGUUCUUAUGUGCCCUAGAUCUAGUGGCAAAGGUCACGGCCUCGUAAAAAAAUCUGAAGUUGAAACAAUCUACACCCAUCAUCAGAAAACAGUAAUUGUAGAUGCUUAUGCAGCUAAUAAUCGAAGGAAGAUCAUAGCGUUUGUUGGAGGGCUAGAUAUGUGCAAGGGACGAUUUGAUACUCCAAAGCAUCAUCUAUUUAGGACACUAAAGACACUCCAUAAGGAUGACUUCCAUAACGCAAAUGUUGAGACUACUGCAAAUGAGGGACCAAGACAACCAUGGCAUGAUAUGCACAGCAAGAUUGAUGGUCCAGCUGCAUAUGAUGUGCUUACUAAUUUCGAGGAACGCUGGCUCAAGGCUUCAAAACCUCGCAGGAUUUGGAAACACAGAUCUUCUUAUGAUGAUUCUUUGCUAAAUAGAGACAAAAUUUCCGAAAUCAUGGGAAUGUCUGAAGCAUGUUCUGAUGCUAAUGAGAAUGAUCCAGAGUCUUGGCAUGUUCAGGUUUUCCGUUCAAUUGAUUCAAGCUCAGUCAAAGGAUUUCCAGAGAACCCAAAAGAAGCUACUGGAAGAAAUCUUGUAUGUGGGAAGAAUAUGUUCAUAGACAUGAGCUUACACACGGCCUAUGUUAAGGCCAUAAGAUCUGCUCAGCAUUUCAUCUACAUUGAAAACCAAUAUUUUCUUGGAUCAUCAUUCAACUGGGAUUCAAACAAGGACUUGGGUGCUAACAAUCUAAUCCCUAUGGAAAUCGCGCUUAAGAUUGCUAAUAAGAUUAGAGCAAAAGAGAAGUUUGCUGCUUAUAUUGUCAUUCCAAUGUGGCCAGAAGGUGAUCCAAAAAGUAAGCCUAUGCAGAGAAUUCUAUACUAUCAGUAUGAAACCAUGCAAAUGAUGUAUCGAACUAUCUACGAGACACUUGUGGAAGUUGGACUUGAUGGUCAGCAUGAGCCACAAGACUUUUUAAACUUCUUCUGUCUUGGAACCAGGGAGGUUGCUGAUGCUAAUGGAACAGUUAGCUUAUAUAGCCCUUUGAAUCCACCUAAGAAAACUGCAAAUGCUACACUGGUGCAAGUUCUGAAGAGUCGGAGAUUCAUGAUAUAUGUUCAUUCCAAAGGGAUGGUUGUGGAUGAUGAGUUUGUCCUGAUUGGUUCUGCAAAUAUCAACCAGAGAUCCUUGGAAGGAACUAGAGACACUGAGAUCGCCAUGGGAGGGUAUCAGCCUCACCAUUCAUGGGCUAAGAAAGGUUCUCGUCCUCGUGGUCAGAUCUUUGGAUAUAGAAUGUCAUUGUGGGCAGAACAUCUAGGGUUUCUAGAGCAAGGUUUCGAGGAACCAGAGAACAUGGAAUGCGUGAGAAGAGUUAGACAGUUGAGUGAGAUGAAUUGGAGACAGUACGCAGCAGAGGAAGUCACAGAGAUGACAGGUCAUCUUCUUAAGUAUCCAGUUCAAGUCGAUGGAACAGGCAAAGUGAGUUCUCUUCCUGGAUGCGAGACAUUCCCAGAUCUCGGUGGCAAGAUCAUAGGCACGUUCUUUCCGCUCAAAGAAAACAUUACCAAGAUCAUAAGCACUUUCCUUCCGCUCAAAGAAAACAUUACCAUCUGAAACUUACUUUGUAGUGUCAACAUUUCUUCUUUGUUACUUUCUCUUCAAGAAACCUCUCUUAGAGUGAUCUGAAUGUAUGUGUAUUUCAAACACUUCAUAGUCGACGCUAAUUUCUUUAAAAAGUGGAUUUACU